AUGAACCAACGAACCUCCAUCAUUCUGUCUGACAUCGGUAUCGCUGGCUCUGUCUAUCUUACAUAUGGGUUCUGGACUGUGUUCCGUCUCUACCUAGUGCCUUACCUCUGGGUCAACCACUGGCUUGUCCUCAUCACCUUCCUCCAACAUACCGACCCACUUCUCCCCCACUACCGUGCCUCCAAGUUUACUUUCCCCCAUGGUGUUCUGGCUACUUUGGACCGCAAUCUUCUUGUGGGCUGUGGCUUGAUUAUAGGUUGGAUCGGUGCUCAUGCUACCCACGGUAUCUCUGAGACCCACCACCUUGGGCUGGGUAUCAAGCUUGAGGGCGCUCCGGGUGGACGGGAGGAAAUCUACAGGGUUUUCAAGGAAUGCAAGUUCGUCGAAGACGAAACCAACAUUCUUUUCUACAAGAAUGCAUCGGGUCUCGCUGCCACUCGCCCUGCAUUUACUGAUGAUAGCGCUAGCGACUCUGGUAUUGAGAUUGGCAAGAUUUAA